AUGGAGAAGGAGAUUACUGAAAACGGAAUCGGAAUUCGGAUUCUAUGCCGCCGGCUGGUGAUUUUGAAGAAAGAAUCAGGCAUUCAGUGGCUAAUUGGAUCUCCAUUCUUCCCUUCACUCACUGUAGUUUCCACCCUCCGUUGCCUCCAUGCCCUCGGCUCUGAUUCACUCUCUCCCGAUUUUGUCGAGGAAUCAGAUGACAUAAUAAGUCUGCUUCCGAAGGGUUUUGAAGUAAUUGGAGCAUUGAUUGCCGAUGAUAGAAAUGACAUGAAAAUUGAAAAAAUAGUAGGGAAUGCUAUUUCAUUGGUUAGAAAAUUGAGGAAAUCCCUCUAUAGCAUUGACAAUGAUAGUCAGGUACUAAUUGGAGCUGUAAUUGAUUUGAAAAAUGGUGUCGGUGAGCGUGAUGUUCAGUUUUAUAUGUCAAGAGCAGGAAAAUCUGAUAGUGUGGAGAAAGUAGAUACCAUUUUGUAUGAAGAUGAGCCUGAGAAGUUUGUUUGGGAUAGAGGUUGCAUAGUUCGAUGUGAGCUUCCGUUAAGGCUGCCGUUAUAUUAUCACCAGAACACUAAAGAUGUGGAGGGCAUGUAUGCCCAAGCUGUUACAAAUGUGGUGUGUAAAUUUAAAGAUCCACAAGUUACAUACCUUAUAGAGGCCCAUAAUAGUCACUCAACUGGUGGACCCCAGCCAAUUGUUCUUCAUGGCACAGAACUGAAUCAGCUGGAGGAACUUCCCAAAAAUGCCUUUUCAACUGAAACUGCUCGAGAGUCCACUGCAAAGUCGUUAACCUGUUCUUACUUUUGCUCAGAAACUAAAGACACAGCGCCAUUUACUUCUGUGGAGGAGAAUGCAGAUAAAAUUCUAGUCAAUAUCCUGUUUAAUAGAUCAAGAAAUUCUCUCAAACCUGCAGCGCCUAUUGCUGAAUAUUAUCCAGCGACAGAAGGAGCUAAACUUUUGGUCGUAAACCACAAAUUAGAAGUGCUUUGCUAUGCAGCAAAGGAACUUUCGUUGAUGGAUGCAGUUUCCAAGUUACUCAUUCCUGCAUUAGUUGAUCAGUUACAUUCAUUGAAGAACAAAAUCUCGUCCAGUCUCUUAACAGAACAGCCAAAGCUAUUGCCAUUCCACUUCAUGCCUUCAGGUUUUUUACAUCCAAUAACUGUUCUGUAUGAACUCAGUUAUGGAGAGACAGAAAUGAAGCAAGUUGAAGUUCGAAGAUCCCUUCACCUGAGACUUGGGUUACCAUUUGAUCGCCCUCUAUUGAGAAUUGCUAAUGCCAUAAGUUUAUCUAGAACAAAGGACAACUCAAUGGUAAAUUCAACUCAAAAGGGUUCCUCUUUGCUCAAGGAUGUACAUCAUGGGAUUCUAAGCAGUGGGGUAUCUGGUGGCUUUGUUUCCCUGGUUCAAGGUUCUUACGAGUAUUAUCAUUACCUCCAAGAUGGAUUCGAUGAUUCGGGCUGGGGUUGUGCUUACCGCUCUCUGCAGACUAUUAUUUCAUGGUUCAGGCUGCAACAUUACACUUCCAUUCACGUCCCUUCACACGGGGAAAUACAGCAGGCACUUGUAGAGAUUGGCGAUAAGGACCCUUCAUUUGUAGGGUCACGCGAAUGGAUUGGCGCCAUCGAGUUAAGUUUUGUGCUAGACAAGCUUCUUGGAGUUAGUUGCAAGGUCAUUAAUGUGAGAUCUGGAGCCGAGCUUCCUGAAAAAUGUCGAGAACUUGCAUUACAUUUCGAGAAUCAAGGAACACCCAUCAUGAUUGGUGGAGGUGUUCUUGCAUAUACCCUUUUGGGGGUCGAUUAUAACGAGGCAAGUGGAGAUUGUGCAUUUCUUAUACUCGACCCUCACUAUACUGGGAACGACGACCACAAGAAAAUUGUGAAUGGUGGAUGGAUCCUUUCUUGGCUCGACAUCCGAGCCAAGAACUGUGGCAGUUUUCUACCCGAUUCACACAGGGAUAGGAAAUGGCGAGCAGAGAGGGGUUUUUAA